GCCGCCGCGCCCGCGAUGGAGCCCAACAGCCCCCGCAAGAUCCAGUUCACGGUCCCGCUGCUGGAGCCGCACCUGGACCCGGAGGCGGCCGAGCAGAUCCGGAGGCGUCGGCCGACCCCCGCCAACCUCGUCCUGAGCAGCGACCAAUCGUCCCCAGAGAUCGACGAGGACCGGCUGCCCAACCCCCUGCUGAAGUCCGGCCUGGCCAUGUCCCCCCGGCAGAGAAAGAAGGUUCCCCGCAGCACCCCCACCAUGAAAGAGCUGCAGAUGAUGGUGGAGCAUCACCUGUGCAAGCAGGCGCAGGGGGGAGGCGACAACGACGACGAGGUGGUGGCGGCCACCGCCCGCUGCCACCGCGGUGACCCCGAGCACCGCCACAGCCCCGGCGGCUCCUGCCCGCUGGCCCAGGGCGGCCACCGUGAGUCCCGGGGGGGGCGACCGGGGUGGGGGGGGGGGACAGGGGGUGACAGAGACCUGAGGUCACCCCCCUCCCCCGUGCUGUGA